GCAUGUCGGGCUUGUCGGCUCUAUCAGCUCUAUUAUGUAUUGCAAUGCAAAUGGAAAGUUAUUUUUGUAUUUUUGUAUUUCCUACCUUUAUGCAAUCUACACGCUAUCAUUCGUUUCGUGUGCCCAGAGAAGCUAAAACUUACAAUUCGUCAUAUCUCAUCUUAGAACAUGGAAAAAGACAAAGUGAUGAUAGUAGCCCUUCAUGAUAAACCUGAUCUAACAGAAGAUUGUGCUAAAAUUCUGAAUGAGGAGUGGCCCCGAAGUAAAACAGCAAGGAUGAGAACAAUUGAAAACUCAAAUCCUAACCUUCCGAUUUCUCUGUUGUUAAUAAAAAACACACAACAAAAUAAAGAUGAGGUAGUUGGACAUGCAAAGAUCUCAAGAUUACCACUAGUGCCAGGAACAUGUUUGAUUGAGUCAGUUUUAGUAAAUCCAGUCAAUAGGGGAAAAGGUUUCGGUAAGCUGCUUAUGGAAGAAUGUGAGAAACUUGCAACUCAGUUUCGAUUUUCAUGGGCAAUACUUUCCACUCAUGAUAAACAGGAAUUUUAUCGGAAAUUAGGCUAUGAAUUUUGUCAGCCAGUAUGCCAAUAUGGCGCGCCUCCAUCAAGCGCAUCACAUUUAUUAGAAACAACUCAACCUAAUAAAGCCUCGGAGACGGUCAGUAAAACAGCACCUUGUGAGGGAUCGGUCUUAAAAACUAAAACCGCAUUUCCACAGCCGCCACCUUUACCGGAGUUUACUAAUAUUUCUGUUCCCGCUAAAAAAGUAUACAUGAAAAAAUCUCUAAAGCAAUAAUAUAGUUUUUCUAUCUAUUCAUUCCACGUGAGUGGAUAUCAACCGUGUUAAUCGAUUUUUAAUUUAACUUGCAUAUGGAAAUGACGUUCGACAUCUUGUUAUUUAUUCACCGUUUAUUCAAGCUCUUUAAUAUAACUUUCUCUGUUAGUCGUCGCUUUAUCAAAUAAGAAAAAAAACAUUGCCGUCUUGUAUGCCUUUCCUCGUUUAUUUUGUCCUGAUAGGAUUUUUACCUUAACAACAAAGAAAAAAGACUUUUCAUGAAAUUUAAUAUUAUACACUGGAAAACUCUUUUCCUGUUGUUCCGGCAACUACACCAUCCCUUCCGUCGUAAUGCUACCUUACUCGCUUUUUGGAGGGAACUGACAUAAUUUAUUUAUAUGUUAUGGAAUAGAAUACAAUUGAUUUAAGGCA